AUGGAUCCACCGGUGGUUAGUAUAAGUACGGAAAGGUUUAUGCGGAUUUGGGAGGUAUUUCAAGAGGGGGCUAAUUGUAUUGCUAAUGGGCAGCCAUGUAGUGGUAUGGGUAUGUAUACGGCUGUCUUUCAGAUUGUAGCGAGUGGGGAGGCGGCUUUUGCGGUGCGGUUGCAUUGGUGUAUAGGCAAGUACUUCUUUGCCUUGGCGGUUAAGCUUAGGGCGGGGAUUGAAGGUAGGGAGUGGGUUAAGGCGUAUGCGGAAGCAUUUGUGCGCUAUGAGCAGGUGGUGGAGUUAAUUGAUGGAGUAUGUGGGCACUUGAAUGCGGCUGUACGGGAGAAUAGGGAGUGUAGACGGGUGCGGGAGUUAGGGUAUGUUAUUUGGGAGCGGAUUGUGUUGCGGCAGAGGUACGAGCAGAACUUGCCGGCUUUGCAUGAAUCUUUGCCCGAUUAUCGUGAGUGGGUGGAAGUUUGUUUGCGGUCUUUGCGGAAGAUAGUGACUAAUAAUGGUGACGUAUUGGAGUACUACCGGAACAAUUAUGAGACUGGGCUGGUGAAUCGGGCGGUGGCUGAGUUUAGGCGGCGAGUGGGAGCUUAUACGGGUAAGGAUAUCUUUGGGCAUUUACAGCGGUGUAGUGUGGCCAUUAGGAGUAUAGUAGCGGAGUACCGGGAGUUGUUCUUGCCGGUUUCAGUGAGUUUGUUGGAGACGGAGUUGGAGAAAGCUAUUUUUACUGGGAAGGUAAGUGAGUUACGGGCGGAGAUUGAUCGGGUGCUGCAAGGGAAAGAUCGGGAGGAGAUUGCGGCUUUAUGCCGGGCGGUCGAACCUUUGGAGAAACAGAUUUUAGCGGUUUUCCUGGAUAGUGCUCGGGUCUUUGCUCGGGCGCAAUGGCCGGUUGAGUUUGACUGUGCGGCGAUUGCCCGGGUGUAUUCUGAGACGGCGGAGUUACUGGCGCCGACUGGGUCUCUGAAAAUACUGGGGAUUUUAGAGGAGACUUUGGCCCAACGCCUGGACCGGGCUGGAGUAGGAUUGUUGCUUUCGGAGUACUUGGCCGUGGUAAUUAGUCGGGGGAGACGGGUGGAGGUAGAAUUGUUUGCUGUGCUGCUACGGUGUAUUCCGGCGGGUGAGGAGAAAAGUAUCUUUUACCAGUCGUAUAUGAAGAAGCUGAUGGAUCGGUUGUUGCACUUACGGUUUGAUCCGAUGAUGGAACGGGCGGCGGUUGAAGCUUUACAACUGCCUUGGGCUUUACGACGGAAAGUUGGGAAGAUCUUUGAUGAUAUCGUGCGGAGUACUAAGGACAACGAAGUGUUCUGGCAGAGUUACAACCAGACGACAGCGGCAUUGCCUAAUGAGCCUUUUUUCUAUGCGAUUGUGACGACAGCAUGUAUGUGGCCGGUGGCUGAGACGGAAAUGCAAGUGGCAGCUAUUCCUGGGAGUUUAGUAGAGAUGGUGGCUGCCUUUGAGAAGGCUUACUUGGCCCAGCAUAAGAGAAGGAAACUUAGUUGGGCUAGUCGGCUUUCUUGGGUGGAGAUUGAGCUGAGUACGGAUAAGGUUUAUACGGUGGAAAUGCCGGUGUUGCACUAUGCUCUGUUGGAGAAGAUAGUGGAGGCUCCGUUGAGUAUUGAUGAUGCAGCGGCUUGGCUAAGUGUGAGUACGAUGCAGGCUCGGGCUGUACUAGAAAGCUUGCGCGGUUUAGAUAUUCUAAGUCGGGUGGAUGAGACGUAUGCCUUCAAUUCGGACUUUAGUUCGGCUCAGACUCAGCUUGUGGUGGCUGUUGAUGACGUAGCUGCGAAGCGUAUGGGCAAUCGGAAGUUGUACUACCAGGCGCUCAUUACUAGGCAGUUGAAAGCUCUUGGAAAGUGUGACACGAGUAAGCUGCAAGAGAUUAUUCAAGCGACCCAUACACCGGUCUUUAAUUGGAACCCUAUGGAUUACAAUGAAGCUUUUCAAAGUCUACAGGAAAGGGCUUUACUAGAGGUAGAAGGUGAUUUAACUCUUUAUUUGCCCUAA